CGGCGACAGGUCGCCGGGGGCCCUUAAGUGCGGGGCUUAAGGGUGGGUGGGUUGGAAAGCAGAAAUCGGAGUCUGCGAUCAGAAAAGAUAACUGAAUUCAACCAAUGUUGAACCUGCACGCAAAACUGAAUUCAGCCAAUGUUGAAUCUACAAGACAAAGCUGUUGAGGUCAGGAUAACUGAAUUCAACCAGUGUUGAACCAACAAGGCAAAGCUAUUGAGGUCAGGAUAAGAGGAGUCCGAGUGGAUGUCUUCAUGGAUAUUGUUGAUAUAUUUAACCCUUUGAUAUCCACCGACCACUUGGAUGACAUUCUGAUUUUAGAGUCAAACUUAGAAAGUGAAGUUUGUGAUGAUUGUGGCACAGAACCAGACACCCUGGGAGGUUCUUUAAGAAACAUGCUGAGUGACAAAGAUCCUAUGCUAGGAUCUGCUAGUGCACAGUUCAGCCUGCCCUUUUCAGAUACUGAAGAAGGCAACGUUCAGCUAACUUGCUCAACAGAUGCUGAACUUAAGCUCACAGAUGAGGGUGACGUGAAGGAAAGUGCUCUAGAUACUAUGGAGGAAGAGGAUUUAUCAGAACUUUCAAACAAGAAAAGUAAGGGUAAAUCACCAAAAGCUACUGUGCAGUCACCUCGAAAGUCUCCUCGUUUAUUGGCUCAAGAACCAGUUCGAAGCCUCCGUAACAGUACCUUGGCUAAAAGGCUCAGUCCAGCAAAUUUAACUCUUACAAAAAGGAAGGAUCAAGUGAAGUUUGCCUCCAUUGGAGCAGGGUCACCGAAACUGCCAGACAGGCAUGAGAAACAAAGCCAGCAAAAGACUGGAGAAAAGAGUAGAUCACAGCAGCAACAUGUAUCAGAAAAUGUACAGAGUAGUGAAGAAACUGUUCAUGAGGCUACACAGCCCAAUCCUGUGGAUUCAAGGAGCCCAGAAUUCGACUUAAUAGAGAAGAACAGUGUACCAGAAAAUACAUUGGAAAUAGCCUGUGAAAGUCAUAAACCUACAUUGGUAGAAGCAAUGGAACGGCAAAUAAUUACCCCUGCAAGAGAAUUGCAGUGUUCUACAGAGACACAAAUUAUUUUAGAGGUAGAAAAGAAUACUUCGGAUGCAAAUGUAGAAGAUGUCAGUGAUCUCCAUUGUUUAGAGACACAAGUUGCAUCACUUAACCAAAAUCCAAUUGAUUCAUUGUUGGAAUCAGAGCAUACAGCAGCAGUAACUGAAACUGGUCAAGAAACCAUUGCACAGAAUGGCAGUGCACAAGAUGCUGUAAUCUGUGACACUCGUCAGAACGAGCAAGCUACAUCUGUAGAUCAUAGCUUAUGUAAGCCUGUACUUGAAUUGCAAUGCACUGAGUUAAUUACCACAAAUUCAGAUGGACUAUCUGCAGAUACUGCAGUCGGAGAUCUUCAUAGUGUUAGUGAUCACUGUUGUAAAACUAUACAUAAAAUUGCUGAGAAGUCAAAGGAAAUUGUAGCAGAAAAGAAUACUGUCGUAUCCAGCAAAAAGUUAGAUAUUGAGGAAAAUAGUAAUAAGGAACAGGAGAAUGACCCAGUUGAUAUGGAUUCUGUAUCACAGGCUACGAUGUCUGACCUUCAUCCACAAUUAGAAGGAAACUUUCAAAAUCCAGUUGAUGAAAAAUUACAGACGCCUUCUGAAUCAAUUGUAUCUAUAAAUUAUGUAGAUGCACAAGGUGAUCUUGACACACAGCCAACUAAUGAAAUUAUUCCAAACAAUGAAAGCAGUCUUAUAAAACAGAAUAUUUUAGGUGGUUUGGAAUCGGUUGAGGACACUGGGAAUACUGAAUCACAACCGGAAACAGUAGUUGGUAUUUCAGAGAAGUCUGACGUUGGGAUACUUGAGUGCAAAUUCGAACAAGAAGCCGAAACACCUGCUUCCUCACAAAUAGUUGCUGAAGCUGCCGUUGAUCCUAAAAGUGAUGAUCAUUACAGCGAUCAUUUGGCAAGCCUACAUUCAAAUAAGCAGCAGUCUGAUCUCAUGAACGAAGUGAUCCAGGAUCAUUCUGGCCAUAAAGACCAUGCAGAAGUACUCCCUGGGAAGGAGGGUGAUGUAGAGCUUAAGAGUCAGGCUUUAAAACAGGAUAGAUGGCCACUGAAGCCUCAGCAUAAACCUGAACAAGUAGAUUCAAAACCGGAACAGGCUGACAACUUCUUGCGCACUAAUAGGAAGAGAAUUAAGUCAGAUGUUCAGUCCUCUGAAGCACUCAAGCAAGCUAAGACACAUAUUUCUUCAUUUACUAGUAAACGAAAGGCAAUAGAGCAAGAUGAACAACAUCUUCACAAGGCAGCUAAGAGUUUGAAAACACAGGUUGCACAGGACACUAAAUACAAAAAUGAACAAUCACAAAAGAGAAAUUUGGGUAAACCUUCUUCGACUUCCCAGGGACCAAAAAUACAGACAGCAGUUACAUCACAGAUGUGCAAGACAGUGUCAACGUCUCCUUCAGGGAAUGAUAAGAUAAGGAAAAUUGUCCAGGUACCUAAGCAUGCUUCUAAUUCUGCUUCAAAACUGAGUGAGGUAACAGUGAAACAGGGCCACAAACCUAUCCCUUCAGGUAAAAUAUUUCCUCAGCAGACUGGUAAUAUAAAAGAAAGAGAUAAAACAAAACUUGUCGACCAUUCCAAUGAAGAUGAUAAAGAUAAAAUGAAAGCCAGAAAGAUUGAGAAGGCUAUUUCCCCAAGGCAGCGGAGGAGCAGCAAAAGCCUUUCAUUGGACGAACCACCUUUAUUUAUCCCAGAUAAUAUGCCUGUGGUGAAAAAGGAGGAAACUGAUGUGGACCAUUCUGGCCCUGCUGCUACCUCAGAUUUGUGGGACCCCAAAAAUCUCUGUGGUUUUUGUAAGAAACCUCAUAAUAGCAGGUUCAUGGUCGGGUGUGGAAGAUGUGACGAUUGGUUUCAUGGAGAAUGUGUUGGACUGACGCUUGGCCAAGCCCAGCAACUGGAGAAAGAAGACAAAGAAUAUAUUUGUUUGAAAUGUUGUGCUGUGGAAGACAAAGGCCCAUCAAUCAAUCACAGUCACAAUAAACAUAUUAUACAUAAUGACAUGGAUAAGGCAAAAUCGGAAUUAGUCCAUGAACGUUCAAACCAUUUAAAAAGUGAAAAGGCUUCCGUUAUGAGAACUGGUAUCACUAACACUAAGGAUUCGGAGAUAAAGGAUGCAAAAAAAGCACAUUUGGUGAAUGAGCGCGUUACAGGACAAUUAACAGGAAUAUCGCAAGCACCUGAACACAAGAAAGACAAACUGCUUAAAGACCUUGCAGCCACCCGGUUGAGUCAAGGAGAAAAACUUCCAAAACUAGAUUUAAAGGAUAAGCUAUUAGUGAAAAAGAAAGGAGAGAAAGGACCAAAUAGUGCACCAUCUCCAACCAGCCCUUCUGCACCUCAACCAACUGUUGAACAAAUCAGACAGAAUGUUCGCCAUUCUCUGAAGGACAUAUUAGGAAAAAGGCUUUCGGAGUCGGAUUUGAAAGUUCCAGAGGAACGCGCAACCAAGGUUGCAGCCAGAAUUGAGAGAAAGCUGUUUUCUUUUUAUGGGGACACAGAUACUAAAUACAAAAGCAAGUACAGGAGCUUGAUGUUUAAUCUCAAAGAUCCCAAGAAUCAAGUGUUGUUCAAGCGAGUGUUGAAAGGUGACAUCUUACCUGAUCAUUUAAUUCGUAUGAGUCCAGAGGAACUGGCGUCCAAGGAAUUGGCUGCAUGGAGACAGCGAGAGAAUAGACAUAUGAUUGAAAUGAUAGAGAAGGAACAAAGAGAGGUUGAAAGGCGACCAAUUACAAAAAUAACGCACAAGGGGGAAAUUGAAAUUGAGAGCGAGGCACCAAUGAAAGAACCUGAAGGGGUGGUUACAGAGGCGGCUGAACCAAAAGUUCUGGACCCAAAGCCCAUUGUAGAAAAACUAGAAGAGGUUGAAGAAGAAACUCCAACAGAUGCCACAGAAGAUACUACCUGUCAGCACAAAAACCAUCUUUUUGAUUUAAACUGCAAAAUUUGUACAGGUCGAAUGGCUCCACCAGUUGAGGAACUGCCUGUGCCGAAAGUGAAGGUAGCUACAAGUGUGACAAGGCGUCAAUCAGAUGUUGAUGCCGAAUCAGCGUAUUUGGCAGAUGCUCUUUCUUCUUUUGAUGCAAUAGCAGAGGAAACACCAGAAUCAGUACAGCUAUCCACCUCCUCUAUGACAAGGUCAGAUGUGUACGACAUUGCAGAAGAUGAGUCAAGGUUUCUAGCUCGACUGGAUUCUCUCUGGAAGGGAUUUAUCAAUAUGCCUAGUGUGGCCAAAUUUGUUACCAAAGCUUAUCCUGUCUCUGGCUCAUCGGAUCACCUAACAGAGGAUUUACCAGAUACCAUACAAGUAGGAGGGAGGAUUCCUCCUCAGAUGGUUUGGGACUAUGUGGACAAGAUAAAAGCCUCAGGAACUAAGGAAAUUUGUGUCAUACGUUUCUGUCCAGUGACUGAGGAAGAUCAGAUAAUGUACACUUCACUGUACGCAUACUUCAACAGCAGGCAACGAUAUGGAGUAGUAGCCAACAACGUGAAGCAGGUUAAAGACAUGUACCUUAUUCCAUUGGGUGCCUUGGAAAAAAUACCUUAUCGACUCUUACCAUUUGAGGGGCCAGGUCUUGAGGUAAUUCGCAAAAAUCUUCUCCUCGGAUUGAUCAUUCGACAGAGGCUAAAGAGAUCAUUUAGUGCUUCACCUGCUGAGGAACUCUCUGAAUCGGAGAAGCUACCCAGUAGUUUGCCUCAAGAAAAGAAAAGCAGAACAGAGUAUGUAGAAGGUGAAGGUGAAGAUGAAGAUGAAGAAGAAGAAGAAAAUCAGUUCUUUAAUUCUUUCACUUCAGUGUUGCCUAAGUUUAGAAGCAAACCCAAGCAGACAUCACCCGUUGAACCUCAGAUUUUGAAAACACCACCUUCAUCACCAGCUGAACCAAUUCCUAUGCUGUCCACAAAGCCAUUGCGAUUUCUCCCUGGAGUAUUGGUUGGUUGGGAAAACCAAUCCACCUCUCUCGAAUUAUCAAACCGACCACUGGACGACAUUCUUCAGAGUCUUUUGGGAGAUGCAGAGAAAGAAACUGAACCAAAGCCUGAUUCUGGUACUGGACCUGACUUGGGAGAUGCUGUGGUGACUGUAAAAGAUUCCAAUACAUCACAGCCUGAAGAAACCACUGACGAUCAAGAGAGUGCUAAAGAUGUCUUGCAUGAUCUUCCAGCGGAAAAUGAGAAUGCAGAUGUCAUUGAGGACGACAAAGAAAUUUCAAAGCCAACUGGACUUCUUACAACUCUCACACUUAAAGACAAACCACCGGAUGUUUCCACUGAAGUGUUCCUUUCCAAUCUUGCAGCUCUAAAAUCACAGCCAAAUCAAAAAGAAGAGCAUGAGAAACUUCGGCAUCACUACAAAGUAAAAAAGGUAAAAAUGGAACCCUCAAAAGAGAAAAAUGAGACUUUUGGUGGUUCUGAAGCUCGACCAUUGAGUCCCAAGUUAUCUCCGCCUGAGCCCAGUACGGGUGCAGAAAAAGUAGAUUCCUCACAUGAAGCUCAUGCAAGUGUCUUGCAGGUUGUGAAUAUAAGCAGAGACCCAAGACAAGCAGCUGUUCGAAUGCAGCAAAAUGUUUCUGCAAUAAACAAGCCGCCAGAGAGCAAUGCAGAAGAACAACAUUUGGAAAACAGGAACGAUAACUGUGAGGGUGAGAGCUUAAAGAAUCCAGUGGAAAUUUCAAAGGAAUCCCCAGAAAAUGGCGAAGGAGAAACAGCCAUAAAGCAGGUUACUGAAGAGACAAUUGAUACUCAAAGUGAGCUAUCCAGUAAACAGUUGCAGGAACCUUCACCUUGUACUAUAGAGACUUCAUCGACAGUUUUUCAGAAUCUUUCAAAUCCAGAAACAGAAUCAACAAGUUCUUUACAGAUGGGUCAAACAGCUUCUGAUACAGAAUUGGUAGAAACACACACUAUUGAGACUGUGCAGUCAAUCCGAAGGGAAAAUGUCCCAGUGCCCUCUUUCCAUGGCCCGCGUGCAGGUACGCAUUUUGAGUUCUCUUCAAAUGCAGUGCCUGCACACAAUCAGACUCAGCUGCCGGCAGUGUCCACCUCAUUACCAAGCAGUGGCCCUUCAGGUAGCCCGGCAUCAAGUGGAAAUAUUUUCCCUCCACCAAUAUCGCAACUACCUAACUUUAACCAAGUCCAAGGUCAUCCUUCUGGUUUUCCCUUUCAGCGAACUUUACCUGCUGGCAAUUUUCAGCCAGGUAAUUUGAUGCCUUCAUUCAUGCCAGUUCGGGCCCCACCACCAAUUCCUCCACCACCAUUUGGCCUUCAGACAGAUCCUCAUUUGAGGUUUCAUGCUCCUGAUCUUGGCGCAGCACAUGCCCUGGGCUCAAAUCAUAUGAUGCCUUGGCUACCACCAAUUCCCUGUCCGCCACAACAUUUGGGGCUUCUACAUCUUGCACAUGGGCAACCUAUGCCUCCUUUCUCCUCUGACCACCCGAUUGAUGUUAACAGAUAUGUAAGAGGUUCAGGACCAGGUUUUCAAUCUAUCAAGGAAGAAAGGCAUCAUGGCGAUCCUUGGGAUAGAUAUAGCCAAAGGUCAGAGCAUAAUCUUGGCAAGGAACAUGGCAGUCAUCAUAGAUACAGGUUUUAUAGUGAUUAUCGUCGAAAAAAAGAUCGGCACAAAGAAAGAGACAGGGACAAAUACUGGGAUCGAGGGUCUGAACGAGACAGAGACAAGUAUAAGGAUAGAGACCGUGAUAAAGGGAGAGACAGAGAAAAGAGACGGAGUCAUGAGGACCGGCAUAGAGAUAAGGAUCGGGACCGCCAUCGGGAACGUGAAAGGAGCCACGAUGGCGUGGACUCGAGAAGAGAACGAAGCAAAGAUAAAGAAAAGAGUAGAUCCGAAAAUGAAGAUAGCGAUAAAGAGAGGGGGAAGGGAAGGAGUAAGGACAAGCAUAGAGAAAAAGUUCAUGAAAGAGAUAAUGAUGUGGAACGGGAUAAACACCACAGAGAUAAAGACCAUGAUAAAAGGGACCACAGUGACAGAAGCAAAAGCAAGAAGAGAAAGAGUUCCCCAGAGGAUACUUCUAAUUAACAACUGUACAGAACCAAAAAAAUUGUUAACUUGUGAACUUUGUCCUGAUAAUUUGAAGAAGUAACAAUUGGUUCACCUGUACUUGUCAACUAGAAUGCCAGUUCAUGCUGCAAUGUUAUGACAUGAUUCACUUGAGUGGUUCCUUGUAUAGCAUACAGUAUUUACCACCAUGUCUUGCUGCUCUUAAAUACUAAUUAACAAUACAAGAAGCUAGUAGUAUAACAUUUUAAGUAAUUUUAUUACUUCUGAUAAUUAUCCAAACUGAUAGUUCUAGCAUGAGCUACUAUACAUGUCAAAAUUUUAAGAAGUUAAGAUCCACAGCUUUUGCUGUUGCCCAGGUUCUUUUCCUGAAAUAAUGUACGCUUUGUAGGCAGUUUGCAGUGCGGCACACACUCAUGAAUAAUUAUACAAAGGUAUCAUGUUCUUAUUCAAACCAGUUGCAGUUGUACAUUUCUGAAGUUUUAUGUUGUACUUCUAUUUCAAUGUAUUAAUUCAUUUGCAAGAGUUGGCUGUUAACUAUUGCAUUGUUUUAAACAGGCAAUCACAACAAUGUAAGUGUUGUAUUAAAAUUUUAGAUAAAAAGUGCAUUGAAAAUAAAACUAUACAUCCAUCUAUAUUUUGUAAAAUUGUCACAUUGUUGCUUUGACUUGGCUAUUAUCUUCGUUGCUUCAACAUUGUAGACUAUUGCUUGUAUACUAUCUUUUCUGUUUAAUUCAUCAAUCUUUUUACUGAAGAAUCUGUGUAAAUAUUUUAAAUGAUGUUUUCAAUGUAAAUGAUUAUAAAAUGAAUUUUCUCCACAUAACUGUCUUUUGUUAU